AAACAAACCUCUGACUACCUCAAACGGCCAACACACACACCCGCGCAAGAAAAGUAACACGAGUGCCCAACACCCAAAAUGCUGACCAAAAUAACAGCCACAGCCACAGCUUCUCUAUCAGUAGUCUGUGCCCUUUCUUCUACAACCCCAUCUCCAUUUCUCUGCCAUUUCACUUCCAACAGUUCCAGAUUCUUUACCCCACCAAACCCUUUAUCCAACUUCUUCAGCAUUAGAUGGAACACCAAUAAACACAACACCUAUAACAAGAACAAGUGCAACAACUUUGGUACGUCAAGAAUGGAGAGUUUCACAAUAAAGGCAUCGGCGCAACCUCUUAAGAACGCGGAGGAGCUUAUCAACUCUGUUGAAACAUUCGUCUUUGACUGUGAUGGAGUUAUAUGGAAAGGAGAUAAACUAAUUGAUGGAGUCCCAGAAACACUUGAUAUGCUUCGGUCCAAGGGCAAGAGAUUAGUGUUUGUUACAAACAACUCAACAAAGUCCAGGAAACAAUAUGGUAAAAAGUUUGAGACACUUGGUCUGAAUGUCAAUGAGGAGGAAAUUUUUGCAUCAUCUUUUGCUGCUGCUGCAUAUUUGAAGUCCAUUAAUUUCCCAAAAGAUAAAAAGGUCUAUGUGAUUGGUGAGGAUGGCAUCUUGAAGGAGCUUGAGCUUGCUGGAUUUCAAUACCUUGGUGGGCCGGAUGAUGGUGGUAAAAAGAUAGAGCUGAAGCCUGGGUUUUUGAUGGAACAUGAUAAGGAUGUUGGGGCUGUUGUGGUUGGGUUUGAUCGCUAUUUUAACUACUACAAAAUCCAAUAUGGAACACUCUGCAUACGUGAAAACCCUGGUUGUCUUUUCAUUGCUACAAAUCGUGAUGCUGUAACUCAUCUAACAGAUGCUCAAGAAUGGGCAGGUGGUGGUUCCAUGGUUGGUGCUAUUGGUGGAUCUACUCAACGUGAGCCACUGGUUGUGGGAAAGCCCUCAACUUUUAUGAUGGACUACUUAGCAGACAAAUUUGGCAUUCUCAAGUCACAAAUAUGCAUGGUUGGGGACAGAUUAGAUACUGAUGUUCUUUUUGGACAAAAUGGUGGUUGCAAAACUCUUCUUGUUCUCUCAGGUGUGACUACAUUGCCAAUGCUUCAGAAUCCAAACAAUUCCAUACAACCAGAUUUCUACACCAACAAGAUUUCAGAUUUCCUUUCCCUCAAACCUGCAACUGUAUGAUGUUCAUAUAAGCACAUUGUGACAUUUUUCUUGGGCACAUCUGUUCAUUUUUAACCUUAUUAAUAAUGAAUUGUUGAUAUACAAAAGUCGUUCAUUUUUAUUUUUUAUUUUUUAUUUUUAUUUUUCAUGAAAUGAACAAACUGGAGAUUGAACUUAGAAACAUACUUUUGUUGUAGUUCCAAUAAUGAAAAGUAAAAAAUAUUAAUCAUUCCUACA